UGACAGUCAGUAACGAGACAACAUGAAGGUCAGAGCUCUCUGCAUCAGACUAUUGAUGAAUGUGUUAUUCCUGCUGUGUGAACCUGAUCAGAAAGUUGUGUCUCUUCAUGUCGUCCCAAACAGUCUGCAGUUCUUUGAAUAUGACGCUGUAACUUUCCAUUGUGACGGUUACUCUGUCUCAACUGCAUGGAAACUUGUACAUAGAUUAAAAGGGGAAGCUCUCUCAUGUAGAACUACAAGUAAGGUGACAACAACAGAGGUGACCUGUACCAUUAAAAAUGUAUAUCCAGAUGACAGUGGAGAAUACUGGUGUGAGACUGGAGAGGAGAAGAGAAGCAACAGCGUCAACAUCACUGUCACUGCUGGUUCUGUGAUCCUGGAGAGUCCUGCCCUACCUGUGAUGGAGGGAGAAGCUCUGACUCUGCAAUGUAGAGACAAGAAGAAGACUUCCUCCAACCUCACAGCGGAUUUCUAUAAAGAUGGCCGCCUCAUCAGGAGCAGCUCUACAGGAAACAUGACCAUCCACAGUGUUUCUGUGUCUGAUGAAGGACUCUACAAGUGUAUCAUCACUGAUGUUGGAGAAUCAGCAGAAAGCUGGCUGGCUGUCAGAGAAAAACCCAAAGAGCCCACCUCUCUCAAUCCUUCCUCCUCCAGUUCAAAUCCAUGGAUCAUUGUUACUGUUUUAUUGCUGAUUCUGCUGUUUGUGGUGGGACUACAUCACUUUGGAAAAGGUUAUUGGCACAGAGCAUGGCUCUACCUCUCCACACUAACACUUGGAUCAGGCUCAGCUGAGGAUCGAACAGAGUGUGCAGCCGAAGUGACAUAUGCUGUUGUAACAAAAAACAAAAGGAUGAAAGAUAGGGAUGAAUUGUCAUGUGGACCUGUUUACUACACUUUGAGCCUCGGUGACACUCAACAACUGGCAGAGCCAGGAGUAUCCUGCAACGCAGCGCUGUCAUUUCCCUCAGAGGGUGUCAACCCACUUUUAACAGAAGAUGCCUUAUACUCUACAGUCCCGUAGGUAGAGGAGUGACAGCUGAAUGAAAAGGAGCAUUGAAAAUUGUGUUCACAGUUUCACUCAGUGUACCUGAAUUAGCAACCAUAAGCUAUGAGCGCAAACAGGAAAGUACUGAUAAUGUGAUUUAAUAAGCU